UAAGAGUAAACUUUAGACACGUGACUUAUUACAAAAUAAUACUACAAAAUAGUAUAAUAAAUAACAUUCAAUAGCCUGGUAUGUCUAUGAAACGCAAGGCUCCCGAAUCAGCUCAGUCUCUAAGAGAGGGAGAAUGGUUCUGUGCUGGUUGCACCGCCAAGAACUUCAGCGCUCGUGUCGUCUGCUACAAGUGUCCCAUGACCAAACAGGAGUCUGAGGUGAGGUCGAAGGGCAAAUCUGCUCUUGACUGGGAUUGCUAUAAAUGUAAAGCUAAGAACUUUGGCUUUCGAAACACUUGUUUCAAGUGUUUCAUCAGCAAGCGGGAAUCUGACGAUAUAAAGGCAGAUAGAGAGGGAGUUCCAUGGUUGUGCAGGUUCUGCAACUUGGAGAAUUUUGCACACAGGAUGGAUUGUUUCAAGUGCAAGAGAGCCAAGGAUAUGGCAGAUGUAAUCCCACCCCGGAGAAUGAUGAGUCCCCCGAGGAGAAUGAGCCCUCCCCCAAUGAUGGGGUACCCCAGGGACAGAUCCCCUCCACGUUUCGGGAUGUUCCCCAGAGGGCGGAGUCCCCCUAUGCGGGGUCCCUCCCCACCACCAAUGUACCGAGGCAGGUCUAGAUCUCCCCCCGGAGGAGGUAGACGGUUGUUACCGUCCCCUCCCCGUCGGGCUAUUUCCCCUCUCAACAAGGCCUCUGUGCCACCACAGCGUGGUACUCAGGGAGAGUGGCAGUGUAUGUUGUGCUUUACAAGCAAUGGUCCGAUGAGGAACGAUUGUUACAAGUGUACUACUAUUAGAGGAGACGGCGGAGCAGGCCCUGCCAACAGUUCUGUUCAUUCCAGAAUUGGGCCAGUAGCUCAAUCGGGACCGGGUAAUGGUAAGAAACUGAAGAAGGGACAGUGGAUUUGUAUAGCGUGUGACGUAGUGAACUUCGCUCAGAGAAAAGAGUGUUUUAAGUGCAAAGCUGCUAAAGAGACUGUUGCUCAAGGCAGUGAUUUGAGCUUGUCUAUUACCAUUGAUAACACCCCAAAAGAUAACCCUCAGGUAGUUCUGAAUCAUAGCAUGAAGUCUGACUCUCCCAUGUCUCCAGCUAAACGACCCAGGCCCAAUCCAGGGCCAGGAGCGCCCUGUUUUGCUGGCCCUGGAAACCCCAGAACCCAGUGGGGACCAGAUUGGGUGUGCGGCUUCUGUAGAGUCGAUGUUUUUCCGAAGCGCCCUGAUUGCUUCAAAUGUGGACGCUUCAGGGAGGAAUGUGAAUUAAGAAGCGAUCCACGUCCCCAAUUUGGAAAUGUAGACAGGAAUGGUCCAGGUCCUAGGGACAGAUUUAGUCCGGGCCCGCGGGACAGAUUCGGUCCAGAUCCAAGAGGUCCAGAUCCACGUGGUCCAGAUCCACGAGACCGGUAUGGUCCGGAACGGAGGGACAUGCCGGGUGGCUCUGGACAGGGGUAUACAUGCCGAUGCGGCAACUUCAACCGGAUGAUAGAACCGGACUGCUUGAAAUGCGGCAGGCCGAAUGACCACCGACCAAGAGAUCACCCUAUGCGUGGAGGGCCUAGUAGAUCACCUCCGCGAUUUUACAGCAACACCCCCAGAAAUCGCCCUCCUUCUCCUAAUAGAAAAGUGAACAAAACAGCUCAAGCUGGCAAGAAAAAAGAAGAAAAGAAGUAUUUCCCUGACUGGAAGUGUGGAAAGUGUGAUUUUACAAACUUUGCUAAACGGACUACAUGUAGGCAAUGCUCUAGAAAGAAAGAGGAGGUUGAGGAGAAAGUUGCAGAGGCAAACAAAACAGCCAUACCACCCAACACUCCCAAAAACUUUGAACAAGAAUGGGGAGGUAAGACCCUGCCGGAGGUAAUAGAGGAAUACGUGGCCAUGUGGGCCGAGUGUGAAGCUGACCCGGAUAAGAAGAUAGCAGAGGGUGAGAUUGAUGGUAGGAAGAUGAUAAAACUAAAGAGGAUUGCUAAGAGGCUAGCUACUAAGAGUAAGAAGAAGGACCCUGAGGGGGAGGAGGCGCUGACAGCCCAGAAGAACUAUGAUAGUCUCUGCUCUCUGCAUCAGAAGUCGUUCCGUGAUGUGAAGGGAAGUGAGCUGGACUGGGAUUGUGUUCAGUGUCUAGCCUAUAAUUGGGCUCAGCGCCAGAAAUGCUUCAAGUGCGCAGCAGAUAAACCUGUCAAAGAGGGCGAGGAAGCGGGAGAAAGUGCUGCAACAGAUGAUGCCAAACCAAGUGAGGGGACUGAAAGUGAGGAAAAGACUGAGGAUGCCUCUGAAAACGUUGUAGAAAAUGUCGUUGAAAAUGUUGUCGAGGAAUCCUCGGAGAAAGAAGCAAUGGAAACGUCAGAGCAAACCGAGGAAGCACCUGAAGAAAAAGAUGGGAAGUCUGGUGAAGUUGAGGAGAAACUUGACCAAGUCGAGGAGAAGUCUGACAAAGUUGAAAAGACAGUGCAAUUAGAUCCCGAUCCAUCAGUGGACAUCCACGAGGAACUUAAAACACCUGACAAUUGUUCGGACCAAGAUGUUGCUUUUCAGGACUACUAAACUGAGGGCCGAGAGGACAGAUGGCAUGUUUUUAUUAAUUUUGCAAAUACACUAUUACAAUCAUAAUAUUAAUAACAUUAAAUAGCUUAUUUGUUUUUACUUUCGCAUUUUAUGUUGACAAUUUUCCAGUUUUUUUGUGCAUAUGUUUUGUUCCAUGUUUGAAAGGCGAUUUCCCGUUUAAAAACUUUGCAAAGAAUCGGGCGACGAGUUGAAUCUUCAACUUUCCCCAUCCACCAAUUACCACGCAAAAAAGGUUAACCAGGACGUCCUGCCUGGAAGCGUUGUACCCCAGAGCCUCGUCAGGGAGUAAGGGGUCUAGUCAGGGUUGGGGUUAAAACAAUAGCUCUGGAGUAUGAGAUUUUGGGGCAAGACACGGACGUUAAAUGUUGCUGUAUCAGCGUUUAUCAUAAUAUAAAGAUAUAAUACAUAAAUCAUUUUCUUAUUUUCUUCAA